UGUAAAUGUCAUGUUACACAUGCAUUGUUUGCCUUUUUCUUAUGUGUGUCUCAUCUCUCUUCCCUUAGCCUCAUCUCAUCUCUUGUCUCCUCCCCUACUUCUCACUCUAGCUCAUUCCAGCUUCAACCUGCAUUCAGUUACAUGCUCUGUUAGCUGUUCACACUAUGAUUUUUUGACCUAUCCAUUUGUUCAUCGGUAUUUGAUCUACACAGUUUUAAAUAAACUUCUUCAUGAUCUUCAAGGUGUCAUUGGAUCGAGUCACUGUCAGCCAAUCUACCUAAGACUGCAGUUAUAGACAUCUCAACACAACCAUAAUGGAUUUGUCUGUACCUGUUGAAGAUAAUGAACAUGUUCAGAAUACUGAGAGCCUUUGUAGAGAGGAUGAUAUUGAGUUUGUCAGUGAGGGCUCAAUACGACCUAUCCUGGAAUGUAUUGAUUUAAUUAGUAGUGAUGAAGACUCAAAGGAUUCUUUUGUUAUUAGAAAAGCGAAGGACCAUGUUGACCGUCAGAAGGACAGAGUGGCUUCAACUCUUGAUCGCCUUGCGCUACAUGUUGAGGUAGAGAAAAAAAAUAAAGCAGAGAAAAAUAAAGCAUUUCAGGAAAAACUGCAUGAUCAACAUGCACAUGGUCUUCAAGAGCUGGAAUUCGUUAAAGGGCUGCCAGGUACAGAUGCAGCAAGAAUAUGUGUUAAUCAGUGGCUCAAAAUGCCAGGGCUGAAGCCAGGGAUAGUCUGUUCCAGCCGCAGAAAUAAGAAUCGUUUUAGAGAACAAAGUCCUGUCAGAAACACGCCCAUCAUCUGUCCUAUUGUGCACUGCAACAGAAAGUAUGAUAAUGGUCAGCUGCUCUUAGGACAUCUAAAAAGGUUUGAUCAUUCUCUGUGCGACCCAACUAUUCAUCUUCAUGGAGCUCCUUCAAAUUCUUAUGCCUGUGAUGCUUGUCUUCAACGUUUUAAUUCCCCUGAUAAAUAUGAUGAUCAUGUGACAGCAAAGGUAUUCAUUUCUGUGAACUUGUUACUUGUGAAACAUGUUGGUAAAUAAUGUAAAAUAAUUGUGAAACUUUACUCUUA